AUGCUCAGACCUCAAGCCAACGCCUCUCGAGAACUUGUCUCACUGGAUGGUGUCUGGAACUUUGCCCUUUCCCAAUCGGUCGACAUUGAUGACGAAAGAGCUUGGGAACGAACCAUACCGCCAAAUAUCCAAGUUCCUGUUCCCGCCAGCUACAACGACAUUUUCAUUGAUUCCAACAUUCGCAAUCAUGUUGGCUGGGUAUACUACCAAAGGCGCUUCACUGUUCCGCUGAACUGGUCUCAACAGCGUUACUUUCUGCGCUUUGACGCUGCGACACAUCGAGGGCGUGUGUACAUCGACGACCAAUUCAUGGCGGAGCAUAUUGGGGGCUAUACUCCAUUCGAGGUAGACAUCUCGGAUAUUGUCCACCCUGGCAAGGCAGUUCGCCUCACUGUGGCGGUCAGCAAUGAACUUGACUGGCAUACUAUUCCACCAGGAAGGAUAGAGACACUCAAGAAUGGCAAGCGAAAGCAACACUACCAGCAUGACUUCUUCAACUAUGCAGGGCUUGCGAGAUCUGUGUGGCUGUUCACUGUUCCCAGUAUCUGUGUCAAGGACAUCACAGUUGUCACCAAAGUGGAGGGCACUACUGGUAUUGUGGACUUCGACAUUGCUACUAGUAUUCCUCUGGACCAUCACUCAGUCAAGGUGACACUCGUGGACGAAGAUGAACGUUCUGUCAGUCAUAUUUCUGAGUUAAGUGGCUCCCUGGUCGUUGAAUCGGUUCACCUUUGGCAACCAGGAUCAGCAUAUCUCUACCAUCUUCGGGCAGAGAUAUUCUCUGGGGACACAGUAGUGGACACUUACGAACUACCAGUUGGGAUAAGAACAGUUGAAGUCUCAGGAAACAAGGUUUUUAUCAACGGAAAGCCAUUCUACUUCACAGGAUUCGGGAAACACGAAGAUACACCAAUCCGAGGCAAAGGCCACGACCCAGCGUACAUGAUUCACGACUUUCAACUGAUGAAGUGGAUGGGAGCCAACUCUUUUCGAACUUCGCAUUAUCCAUACGCAGAAGAGGUUCUCGAGUACGCAGACCGCCAUGGAAUUGUUGUCAUAAAUGAGACAGCUGCAGUCGGUCUCAACCUGACCAUUGUUGCUGGACUCUUUGGACACAAGCCAAUACCGACUUUCUCACCAGAGACCAUGAAUGACGAAACACAAGCAGCCCACGCUCAAGCCAUACGUGAACUCGUUGCUCGCGACAAAAACCACCCUAGUGUUGUCAUGUGGACGGUUGCAAAUGAGCCCGCAGCCAGUGAGCCUGGUGUGAGGGAGUACAUGGAGCCAUUGGUGACACUGAACCGUGAAUUGGAUCCGACGCGACCUAUUUGUUUUGCCAACGAGAACCAGGCAAAUAUCCACACUGAUCUUAUCGCCGAUCUUUUCGAUGUGAUAUGCCUCAACAGGUACUACGGCUGGUAUCUCCAUACUGGUGACCUUGAAGAAGCAGAGCAAGGUCUGGAGCAAUGCUUGCGAAGCUGGGAGGGCAAAUACAACAAACCAAUCAUCAUGACAGAGUAUGGCGCUGAUACCAUGGCUGGGCUGCAUACGGUUGGAGACAUUCCCUGGAGUGAGGAAUAUCAGAGCCGGGUCCUGGAAAUGUCACAUCGAGUAUUUGAUAGAGUGGAGAGUGUAGUUGGAGAGCAAGUUUGGAAUUUUGCCGAUUUCCAGACUCCAUCUAGCUUCAUUUUCAGGGUUGAUGGCAACAAGAAAGGUGUAUUUACGCGGGAUCGAAGACCAAAAAGUGCUGUGCAGGCGUUGAGGAAGAGAUGGACUGAAAUGAAAGCCAAUGAUUAA